CAUCAAAGAUCUUUUCCUUCACCCAUAUCGCGAUUAACAACCUCUCGCGCUAGUCGCGACAUUUGCAACCAUGGCGACAAAGGCUGCAUACCAGACUACAUUUGAGGCGGAACAAGUUAUUCAACCUAUCUACACUGGUGGGAGUGUCGCGCUCGAUCACACUGGGCGCCUUCUUGCGACAACACUCGGGGAAGAUGCCUUGAUUACAGAUCUGAACACCGGCAAGCAGCUGGCAAGAAUUGAAGGGGACGGAGAAGAAAUAUCGACACUAACUUUGACACCUUCUGCGACACAUCUGAUCAUCUGCUCUCGAUCAUUAUCAAUGCGAAUCUACGCGCUCAAACCCUCUAUUUCCUCGUCCGAUACAAUCACAACCGAAUUGGUGCGAACACUCAAGCCACACACGACGCCCGUUGUUGUUUUGGCCGUGGACCGGACAAGCACAUUGCUAGCCACCGGUGCCGCCGACGGAGUAGUGAAGGUCUGGGAUAUUAGGGGAGGAUAUGUAACACACACAUUCCGCGGCCCAAAUAUUUUGAUCUCGGCCUUGCACUUUUUCGAGCUUGCGAUAGGCAAUAGCGGCGAAGAGACAGGGAUAUCAGCCAGGAACAGAAAAAUCCGGUUCGGUGAUAAUGGCGCCGAUGAAGCACCAAAUGGGGACAACGAACUGGCAAGAGGUUUUCGACUAGCCUCGGGAAGCCAAGAUGGGAAGAUCAGAGUGUGGGAUCUAUAUAAGCGGAACUGUGCCUCCACCCUUGAUUCCCACGUCUCAGAUGUUAGAGCGUUGGAUUAUUUGUCAGAAGAGAAUCUGCUUUUAUCCGCCAGUAGAGAUAAGACAGUGAUGUGGUGGAAUGCGAAGACGUGGAAAGUCAGGAAAGUUACACCUGUCUUAGAGGAGGUGGAAGCCGCUGGAUUUAUUGGGGAUGGAAAGCUGUCAUACACUGCCGGAGCGAAUGGACGGCUACGGCUAUGGCAGACGGAGUCCGGAAGAGAGGCAACUACAGCACAGACCCCGGGAGACGAGGGCGAUGCAGUUGUCGGAUCUGUAUACUUUCAAGGCCUCCCAUUUAUUCUCACCAUCAACACCGACCACGUUAUUAUUCUUCAUUCGGUAUCCGGACUGGAAUACGUCGAAGGGAAGACAAUGCCCGCAUUACCAGAGCUAAAGCGGAUUUCAGGUACCCACGACGAGAUCAUUGACCUGGGCUACCUUCUCCCUGACCGAUCAUUGCUAGCCUUGGCCACCAACUCGGAGGAGAUCCGUAUUGUAUCCCUCGCUCAGUCAGACUCGACGUAUUUUGGAGAAGAUGUGGCUCAAUUGAAUGGCCACGAAGAUAUCAUCAUCUGUCUCGACAUCGACUGGUCCGGACAUUGGAUCGCCACCGGAGCGAAAGACAACACUGCCUGUUUAUGGCGCGUCGACCCGGCUAAUAACUCUUUUACUUGUUACGCGACACUUUCUGGACAUGCGGAAUCGAUAGGUGCCGUCGCACUCUCACGAACUGUUCCACCAUUGGAUUCCCCAGCAUACAAUGAUCCUCUAAAUCAUCCGCCAAAGUUUCUUUUAACUGGGUCUCAGGACCAAACCGUCAAGCGCUGGGAUAUUGCAGCUUUGCACGCCGCCCCACAAAAAGCUCCCCGAGCUCUUUACACAAGGAAAGCCCACGACAAGGAUAUCAACGCCAUCGAUGUCAACCAUAAUGGACAAGUGUUUGCGUCUGCAUCCCAGGACCGCACAGUAAAGAUAUGGUCCGUAGAAGAAGGCGAGACGAUGGGUAUCCUUCGUGGCCAUAGACGUGGUGUAUGGUCGGUAAAAUUUGCGCCAAAGAACACGCCGAUUAUCGUUGGCGAGAAUGGCUCGGCGGGUGGGAAGGGGCUUAUUCUCACAGGCAGUGGCGACAAGACGCUCAAGUUGUGGAGUCUAUCAGAUUACAGCUGUCUGCGUACAUUCGAAGGACAUACCAAUAGUGUCCUUAAAGUCGCAUGGCUAAAUAUCCCCAAACAAGAAGCCAACAACAAGAGACACGUUCAGGUUGCAAGCGCUGGUGGCGACGGGCUCGUAAAGGUGUGGGACACCAGCAGUGGGGAAGUGGAGUGUACGCUUGAUAACCACGAAGACCGAGUGUGGGCGUUGGCGGUGCACCCAGAAACGAAUACCAUUGUCUCCGGUAGUGGCGACUCUACUGUUUCUUUCUGGACGGAUACAACAACUGCAACACAGGCUGCGUCGACUGCCGCUGCGACGCAAUUCGUCGAGCAAGAACAGGAAUUGCAAAAUUACAUCCAUGCCGGGUCAUAUCGAGAGGCUAUUACGCUUGCUCUCCAGCUUAAUCAUCCGGGGCGUCUCCUCUCACUGUUUACUGCUGUUGUCACUGGCGCCAAGGACGAUGGGUCUUUGAGUGGGCUACACGCUGUUGAUGAAGUAAUCGGAAGCCUAAGUGACGAGCAAAUUUUCCUCCUUUUGCUCCGCCUGAGAGAUUGGAACACAAAUGCCCGCACGGCGCCAGUAGCACAAACGAUCCUUUGGACGCUAGUGAAAAGCUACCCUGCCAGCCGAUUUACAAACAUGGAGGUCAAGGGUGGCCAAGGGAAGAGUUUGAAGGAGGUUUUAGAUGCGCUCAAAGCCUAUACAGAGAGGCAUUACCGACGCAUGGAAGAACUAGUGGACGAAAGUUACCUUGUCGAAUAUACGCUAAGGGAGAUGGACGAGGUGGCAUUUGCCGGAAACGGAGACGGUGGGAUGAGGCAAGAUGUUGUUAUGGUAUGAGGUACACUCAGCUGAACUGAAGACAUUGUUGCAAUCCUCGUUGGGGUUACACGAAAAACGCGCAUAGUUCUAGCCAGCCCUUCAGAGUCGGUUGUGUAUCACGACCAAUAACAGACGCCAUCCCUCGUUAUUACACCAUUAGCUCCAGUCAUAGGUCUAUCUCGGUUCAGACUCUGAGCUACGAUGCUAUCGUGCUUGUCUGUCUCUUGAAUGUUGGCUGUCGCGUGGGUAGUUACAGGGCCGCGUACCUAUCACCUGUCACGUAUGGGUAGCGGAUUAUAUAACUCCCUUGUGCUAGCGGCGUGGGAUGCGCUAGAGUUUUUGAAGUUAAGUGGGGGAUGCCCUGACCUACCUAAAAUAAUAGUGGCGUAAAAAGGCGAUCUGUAAGGGGUAUUAUUGCUCUGUAGCACGGCCUCGGUUUCAUACGAUCUGUUGGGUGUGGGGGCGGCGUUCCAAUCACGGGGGGCAAAAUGAAGGAAUCUUGACUUUUGUUAUGAUAACGUUCAGUAUAUUAAUGGCUAUAUACAUAUCUUGACACAAAGACGCAUGCAUCAUGAUGAUAUUUACUGUGCUCUGCUGGGAAUUUCUGUGUUAUUUAUGUCUUAGCCUCUAAAAGUCUAAAGAGGGACUAUGGACAGUGUUCGGCGG